AUGGCAUUCUCGAAGUACAUCUGCUACCGAUCAUUUGUUUAUCGCAUGAGAGAUGGUGGCCGGCGGCAUCAUUUCCCAGAUUUCAAGGAGUGUGUCAUCCGGAAUGCUUUCCACUCGCUCCAAUCUUCCCAAGACAAGGUCGUAACAGGUCAAACGGAAUUGUACAAUCCUGUUCUUAAUUUACACUUCAUUCAAAGAUUUGGAAUAUCAUCAUCUGCAUCUCUACAAUCCAAAGAAAACGGAACUUCCCAAAAUGAGGGAGACACUACAGGUAUUCCCAAUGAUGCUAAAGAAAGUACAGAUGCAGAAAAUCCUAGUAAAACAGACGCCUCUGAUCAGAAAGAAGAAGAGUCGGAUUCAGAUGAGGAAGAGCUGUCAGUGGAGGAUCUGGUCAAACUUGUGGUUGAGAAAGAGAGACUUCUGAAGACAAAGCAUAAAGAGAUUGAGGAAAUGAAAGAUAAAAUUCUUCGAACAUAUGCCGAAAUGGAAAAUGUAAUGGAGAGGACAAAAAGAGAAGCAGAGAACUCAAAGAAGUUUGCAAUACAGAAUUUUGCCAAGAGCUUACUGGAUGUUGCAGAUAAUUUGGGUAGAGCUUCUUCAGUGGUAAAAGAGAGUUUUACUAAGAUCGAUACGUCUCAAGACACUACUGGAGCUGUGCCACUUUUAAAAACCCUGCUGGAAGGCGUUGAGAUGACUGAAAAACAACUAGCAGAGGUUUUCAAAAAAUUCGGAGUGGAAAAAUAUGAUCCCACAAAUGAAGAAUUUGACCCCAACAGGCAUAAUGCUGUAUUCCAAGUACCUGAUCCAACCAACCCACCUGAUCAAGUUGCAGUUGUGCUCAAGGCAGGAUACAUGUUGCAUGAUCGAAUUCUACGACCAGCUGAAGUUGGUGUGACCAUAGCUAUGGACAAAAAAGAUGCAAAUGAAGAAACCCAAACUUGAAACUGACACCCAAAAAUCUCAAGUAAGCUAAGCUUAUAGUUUUAUCACCGAUAGGAGUUCUUGUAGUUUGCUUACAACUCUUGAGCCUGAGUUACACUUGUACACCCUGCUAUUUAGAAAAGUUAUGUCUUGAUCUUUUUUAAUUUUUUUUUUAUUUUUUUUAAACAAGGGUCAGCAACCACCUGUUGAAAAUGUUCUUUUUUUACAUCUAAUGGUGAAAUUUGAGUAAAAGACGAUACUUAAACACCUCAAACCAUCUUCAUUUGGUGAUCACGACGCCAUGUUAGUUAAGUGAAACAUCUAACGACAUCUCAUAUCAACUGUGUGAACAACCACAAAACACCAAACCUAUGACUUGAAACCCGAAACAGGAAAACCACAAACGAUACUUCUUAGGCUGAAGGGUGUGGGCGCGGUCCCAGACCGCAGUUUAUGCCACGUCAACCAAGAACACCGCCCCCAGACCGCGGUCUGGUGCGGUCUUGGCCGCAGUGCGGUCCUUAAGUGCCGCGUUUGCUGAUUGGUGGAUGGGAAAAUGGGAGGAUUGAGUUGGAAUUUCAGACUAUUUUUAAUACCGCUAUUGCAUGUGUUCAAAUGGCGAAACAAACAUACAACGUUGUAUGUAACAACGCAGCUGCAAGUUCUCAACGGAGAACACGAAGAUAUAGUUAUUUUAUUUGUGUUUUUUAAGUUUCUAGGAUUAUUUAAAUGUCAUGUGUGUGGUUUUCGUGUUUUUUUUUUAUUUUUUUUUGGUAAUACAAUGUAAUG